AUGUCUUCCCAUAUCGAGUAUCAACGUUUCCACCGAGGUGAAAGCUGCACCGAAGAGGGAUGUCGAGCCCGUAAGUUCUAUAUCGAGGACGGGAAGAAAUUCUGUCAAACGGGCCAUGAGCAGGCGGGAUUUACUCAAACUCAGCAAGAUGAGGAUGAUUGGAAUGCACAGGGCAAAAGGUCUCGGAAGAGGAAAGAAGAGAGAGAACGCGUCGAAACAAUCCUUAAUGGCAGAGAGGCAAGGGAAUUGUAUCUGCAAUGUUACCAGUUGAUUUUGUGGAAACAAUGCCAUUGGCUGGUAACUGACUUGGGUUUACCAGAGGACCUUCGGAUCAUCAUCCGAGACCUUUGGGAGCUGAGACUAAUGGUCCUCGAAUUGCCUAGAGAUGAGAAGAGUGGUUACGGCUCUGGGACAGGAACGAUGCUCUUCAGCUCUGCAAGUGAAGGAAACAAUACUGAUACUGACGGCAUGACACACCAAAGUAUAGGGUCAAGAAGGAGCAGAACGAGUGUGAUGAUGGGAGAGAAGCUUCCCAGGCUAAUUGGAACGCUGGCUCUAUGCUACUUAGGAACGCUGAUGCUCAACGUUCCUAUUAGCAUAGGGGACUUCCACAAAUGGGCACUUCAUGGUAGAAUAAUCUAUAACCGUGCAAUCAAGGAAGUUCCCAGCGAGAUGAGAUCUAAGCUUCCAGCACACUUCCAUGCUGCACUCGAAAUCAGGGCGCCUUUGGAUGGCAUGAAGCUUCACAAUAGUAUAGCGCAAUUGGCCGAGUUCUUUAAUAUUGAGUACGAGAUGCAGUUCCCAAAAUUAAACGUACCCUUACUCUUAUUCCGAUACAUGAAAGAGUUGUGUCUUCCUGUCGAGUUGUAUCCUGCGAUUCGUCGAUUGGAAACCUUGCUCCAAGUGGACUUUACAUACCCUACGGUCCACAAUACGGCGCGGCGUGGCACUGCUCAUCCAGAGAUACAGCUGAUGAGCCUGAUCGUGAUAGCAACAAAGCUAGCACACCCAUUCGACAAUGUUGAUCGGACUCCCGAGAGCUAUUCCGAUCCCUCAGUAGUCAAGAUAGACUGGUCCCAAUGGACCAAAGCAACUGCUCAAGAAUCCCUGCGAUGUGUGGAGAAGGGUGAGGUAUUCAAAGUCACCGAUGCGAAUGUCUGGAACAUGAGUGCCCGGAAGCUGGAUGAUUAUCUCGACUGGUAUGAAAACACCUGGAUCGACAACAGAGACGCGAAAAUAUCAGAACAAAUUCUUCAGAUAUUUCCUAUGUAUAAAUCGUCUCCCCAUCCACGCAAGGAUAAUUCACACCACGAGGAUGCCACAGCUAGGCUUCGGUCUAUGCAGCAAACUCUUAUACUGCAAGAACCAAGGCCAAUCGAAGGGGAUAGUGGCUGUGGGGAAGUUCUGCGAGCUGGUGAGCUCUACAAGCGAUACCGAAUGGACGAGGAACUUCCAGACGAAGCUAGUGCCUUCUUUGAGUUAGCUGCAUCAAUUGUGUGCAUCUCCUCGGAACAGCUUCUCAGAAAUGUCUUUCGUCUUGAAGUCCAUUUAGAGACAUGGCGACUUGCAGACAUUAGGAGACGGUCCUUACUGGAAUCAGAGAAUGGAUAA